AUGACUUCCAGACUCAAGAGGAAACUAAACGACCUUGGAGUCGACUCUUCCAGCUCCAAAGCCAAUGAGUCUUUCUGUCUUAUAGGAACGCCACUACCUCCACUCGAGAAAUCGAAGGACACUGGAGAAUUUGUACCAUUAUGGAAGCAGGAGGUGAGAGACGAGAAGGGGCGUCGCCGACUUCACGGCGCCUUUACUGGUGGAUUUUCAGCUGGCUACUUCAACACCGUCGGCUCUCAGGAAGGCAUUGCCUCAGGAUGGACGCCCUCCACGUUCAUCUCGUCGCGCGGCGACCGCGCGAAGGCCAAGACAGCUCGCCCAGAAGACUUCAUGGAUGAGGAGGACCUUGCUGAGCUGCAGGAGGGUCGUAAGCUUGUUGAUGAACACGACGAGAUGGACUUUGGUGGGACGGAGGCGGAGUUGCGACGGCGGGCGGGCGUAGCAGGGGACGAUGCAGAGAAAGAUCCAAUCACUGCCGCUCUUGAGGCCUCGCUCGCGCCUGCGCCCAAAGACUCUGUCGGGGCGAGGAUUUUGAAGAAGAUGGGUUGGCGUGUAGGCCAGGGUAUUGGUCCACGGCUUACAUACGCUCAACGCAAGGCUCAGGAGGCAGGGAUUUCGGAUUCGUGGAAGGAGACCGAGGGCGGCGAGGAAGAUGAGGAAGCGAAGAAGCAUUUAUACCCACGGCAGGACACACCUGUGUUGCUUGCUUCACGCAAAGGUAAUUUCCACGGGCUGGGGUACGUACCGGGUAUGCGCCUUGAGGAAAGUGUAGGUGGUGGCCGCGAGAUUGCACGAGACAAAGGACCUCGGAUAUCAGCCGGGUUUGGCCUCGGCGCACUCAAUGAUGCCGACGAGGAUGAUGUGGAUAUAUAUGAUGCUGCUGCAUCUCGUCAACUCCGUACAAGGAUGGCGUUUGAUGCUGCAGAUGAGGAUGACAGUCAUUUGAUUGCGAUGGGGUCUUCGAGCACAAGGUCUACUGCCGGUAGGCAACAAUCGAGAGUAUCGUCGACUGCAGGGACCCAGACUUUCAACGAUGGCAGACUUGUUUUGAAGGGAUUCGUCUUGUCGGAUAUGCCUGUUGCUGAAGAUCGAUGGUUCCCUAUUCCUGAUGUCCCAAAUGGCUGGACGCCUAACCCUCGGCGUGUCUGGAACCAGCAGAAAAACAAGGAGAAUGAAGAGGAUGGGAGAAUGGAUCACCUUCCACCUCCAAAGUCGGAACCGAAGACCCAUGCAGAGUGGAAGGGUAGCUUUAUGUCUGCUGACGAGAGGGGUUCUUUGCUUGGCGAAACACCUUUACCAUCCAAGCCGCGCUCUGUGUUUGAGUAUAUAUCUCAAAAGGAUCGAGAACGGCUACAAAACAUCAAGAAUGCUGUUCCUCGUCCAUCUCCUAUUGCUGCUCCUGUUCCACUUGCUAACGCUGCUCCACCCCUUACACCCACACCCUCUGCGCAUACUCGAGACGAGAUUAAUAUUCCUUACCUACACCCUUCGGUCGCUAAGGCUGCACUGCAAGGAUUCCAGCCUUUCGCUGCAGAUCCAGUAAAGCAGUCGCGGUAUACCGCGUUCCUGAAUUUUCAGUCCACUCGCGGCUCGGUAGUACCGGGUGCGCCUAAUGCAGGGUUCGACAUUGGGCCGCUCCCGGACCAGAACGUCGAGCAGUUCAACAAGGAGCUAGACGACUAUGCAAAGGCGGCGACCGUGUUUAAGCCGCUUUCAGGCGCAAUGGCAGGCCGUUUUCGGAGCGCUGCUAUUGUCGAGAUCGGUCCGACCGUAGUCGAAGGUCUCUAUCAACCUGGUCCCUCGGUCCCUCAGACUGAAGGGGAGCCGACGGAACAAGAGGAGAAAGAAGAAGAAGACCCGAAGAUAAGCUCCGCGCGACUGGGUAUGUACGGCCUGCUGACGAGGGAAACGCAACCAUGGCAGCCAGCACGACUUCUGUGCAAGCGUUUUGGUGUCAAGGCUCCUGAGGUCGACACGACCGAGGCUGCUGGUGCUGCGACGGCAGAUUUCGCUACACCUACCGCAGCAAGUCGGGAGACCGGGCAGUCAGAUGCGGCGAUGGUGGACCCUGGUGUCUCUACCUCGAAUUCUACGAGUGCCGGUGCAAUCACGGACGGUUUAGAUCCGAAGCGGAGAGAUGGGUCUCGCGAUCUGGCGAAUAUUGGUCUGGGAGAGGACGACCAGCAAGGAAAGGAUACGUUGACGUAUCAGCGGCCGGCGAUGGAUAUCUUCAAAGCAAUAUUCGCAAGUGACGAUGAGGACAGUGACGAUGACACCGCUGAACAUGAUGAUGCGCCCGAACCAAAGGGCGAGCCUGCCAGUCUCUCUAGCGGCGUCGAUCAGAACAGGACUCAGACCAAAAUUGAGCAGGUGGCCCUGGAACUGACUGCUGGGGACGUCGCAAUACCUUCGUAUGCGCCAGGACAGGAAAAUUCAGAUAAAGUUGACUUGACAUCUUUCAAGCCUACCUUCGUUCCUCGAUCGGAGCGCGAAAGUCGUAAUGAAAAGAGUAAAGGAACAAAGAACAAGGAUAAAGACAAGAGGAAGAAAGGGACCAGUAAGAUCGCUCUAAUGUCAUUUGCAGACGAGGAAACGUUUGGGCCCGAUUUCAGCGCACCUCAAAUACAUCGGGAAAAAAAGGAGAAAGGCAGGGACAGGAAGAGACAGAAGCGAAAAGGGAAGGGGAGGAAUGAAGACGAUGAAGACGAUAGCAUGUGGGUAGAAGCCCCGGCCCCUGAGACUGUGAAGAACUUGCCUUUGGAUUCGCCAUCUGACCCCCUUGCGAACAACUAUACCACAACUACUGAAACAUCGUCAGGUGGACUCGAUGCAAACGGAGAAGCGAAGCCGCCAAGAGGGCGAAAGAGAGCAAUAGACUUCAUGUAG